AUGGCUAUGUUUGGAGAAUUUCAGGCCUUGGAUGAGGAAGUAAAAGAGCUUUUACAAAAUUACAGGCAUAAACGGGCUACAGCUUACGAACCCUGUACACUUACAAAUUUUAAAGAAUGUCUUAUAGGCUUACAUGAAGAGUUCGGUUUACUUAACAUUAACUACAUCUUUAAUCCAUACUUGGACGUGGACGGCAAUACCUUGCGGUCCGAGGCUGUCGUCAAUCUAACAAACUCUGUUUGGACAUUGCUGCAUACAUUUAAAAAUUUACAACAUAAAACGGACGCAUUGGAAGAAAGAAAUCAUAUAUUGGAACACAGUAAUAAGACCCUAAAUGGAUUAGUGGACAAACUCAAAGGAAAGAUAUGUUUAGAAAAAAAUGAAUCUAAAGCUUGCGUGGCGUCGGCUCAGAGGAUUGCGGAUCGUUCCGAUGAUGUGUUGCAGAAGUUAACAGAAGCUCGUGCAAAAUUAUUACAAGUUACCAAACAAAAAGAUGCCAAUGAGAGAAAAUUGCACAAUGAGAUAACAAGACUUAAACAACAAAAUGAAAAAUUAACAGAUAGAUUGAGAGACAAAGAUGUUCAUACUCAUUCUGAUAAGAGAUCCUACGUUGCAUGCAGAAAUAUAACAUCUGAUCGGGAAGAAUAUAUCAAGCACUUGAAAGGAAUAAUUAAUAAAUUUGACAAAAAUAAUCAAAUGUUGAUGCAAGAAGUCCUCAAACUGAAGGAGGAACUUAUCUUCAGGGGAAUGGAUCAAUUUACUUUAGAUAAAAAGUCGUAG